AUGGCUCGCGUCGCCGCAGAUACGGCCAAGCAUUUGUCACUGUUCAUGGUCCUGAAUGGUCUCGCCACGGUCCUCAUCCAAGGCUACUCAAUUCGCAUGAGCUUUGAGUUCGCAAUGGCACAUCCCGCAUGGGCUACCGUAGGCUACGGUCUCUAUCUGGUCUUUUAUUACUCCAUGUUUGUGGAGGAGAACCAAUUUCAACUGGAAUCACUGAGAAUUCAAGCAGGCAGUCCAACCCGGGGAUUGCUCAAGGGCUGA